GGUCUUCCGGUUUACGGUUACUAGGGGUUACCGAGGGGAAGCUACAGCGCCCGGAGUCUGCCAACGCAAACAACGAAACGUAGAAUUUGAACUGUCCUUUUCCAAUACUUUCGCGUCCGCUGGUGCACUGCACUCGUGGUCGACCUCUGCAUUUGUCCGACAACGCACAACGUCGCCCGUCGAGGGCACCGCGUAACAAAUGUGUUAGCUGCUAGCUAACUAGCCAAUCUAAACGUGUGAGGCUAACGCUACAGUCACCAGGCUGACGAAUGCUAGGCUGAGCGUGUUGGCCCAGCUAGCUGUCUACCUCGCCAAGGGACGUUACGCCAGUGCGUUGUUAUGUUAACUGGCAGUUCAUGUUGGAGCGAUAGAGGGCCGUAACGUUGUCACCAUCACCACCACCCCGCAAUGUUUAUCUACCUUAGCAAGAAGAUUGCUAUCCCCAACAACAUCCAAUUAAAAUGUAUUUCCUGGAACAAAGGUCAAGGCUUCAUUGCCUGUGGAGGGGACGACAGUGUCCUCAGAGUGCUCAAGCUUGAAUCUCAGACAGACGAUGCCAAACUUAAAGGUCUUGCUGCACCGAGUAAUCUGUCAAUGAACCAGACUUUGGAGGGACACAGUGGUGCAGUGCAAGUGGUAACAUGGAAUGAACAGUAUGAAAAGCUGACAACCAGUGACCAGAAUGGACUCAUCAUUGUGUGGAUGCUCUACAAAGGUGUGUGGUACGAGGAGAUGAUCAACAACAGGAACAAGUCGGUGGUGACGAGCAUGAGCUGGAACGCGGACGGUCAAAAGAUCUGCAUUGUGUAUGAAGACGGAGCUGUCAUUGUUGGAUCUGUAAAUGGAAACCGGAUUUGGGGAAAGGAGCUAAAAGGAAUUCAGCUUGCACAUGUGGCAUGGUCACCAGACAGCAGGAUCCUCCUCUUUGGCACGGUUAAUGGAGAAGUACAUAUCUAUGACAAUCAAGGAAACUUCAUUAUGAAAAUGACCAUAAGCUGCCUCACUAAUGUGCCCGGAGCUGUCAGAAUAGCCGGUAUUCACUGGUAUGCAGGAACCGGGGGCUACGUUGAACCAGACUGCCCUUGUCUUGCCAUCUGUUUCGACAAUGGGAGAUGCCAGAUCAUGCGCUUCGAGAAUGAUGAAAACCCAGUGUGCAUUGACACUCUGAUGAGUGUGGUCAGUAUACAGUGGAAUCAUUGUGGCAGUGUUCUGGCCGUGGCUGGUAGUCUCAAAGCCUCCAAUGUGGAAAAAGAAUUAAAUCUUGUGCAGUUCUACACGCCUUUUGGAGAGCAUCUGAGAACUCUCAAAGUUCCUGGGAAGGAGAUGGCCGGUGUGGCCUGGGAGGGACGAGGGCUCCGCAUCGGCCUGGCUGUGGACUCCUACAUCUACUUUGCGAACAUAAGACCAGAUUACAAGUGGGGCUACUGUUGCAGCACUGUGGUGUACGCCUACACAAAGCCAGAGCGGCAGGAGUACUGUGUGGUUUUCUGGGACACCAAAAACAACGAGAAGUUUGUCAAAUAUGUCAAGAGCCUAAUGUCCAUCACAACUUCAGGGGACUUCUGCAUCCUGGCCAGCAAGGCAGAUGACACUCAGGCUCAGCAGGAUGCUGAGUUAGAGUCCGGGAGUCACGCAAGGUUUGUCCUGAUUCUGUGCAACUCCAUUGGGACUCCAUUGGACUCAAAAUACAUUGACAUUGAUCCAUUGUUUGUCACCAUGACCAAGACACAUGUGAUUGCUGCAUCCAAAGAGGCUUUCUACCUGUGGCAGUACAGAGUGGCAAAGAAGUUAACUGCCCUGGAGAUCAACCAAGUGACCAAAACGAAGAAGGAGGGAAGAGAGAGGGUCUAUCACAUUGACAGCAGCCCAUCUGCAGCCAAUGACAACAGUCCAGAUUUUUCCAAAGCCUCCACAGCAACUCGAGAUCCCAUCUGUUGUAUUACAGCAACGGAUAAGACCUUGAUUGUGGGCCGCGAGUCUGGCAUCAUCCACAGAUACAGUCUCCCAAAUGUUGUUCUCAUCCAGAAAUACACGUUGAACAACAGAGCCUACUUUCUCUCCGUGAACUGCAACUCCAGUCGCCUGGCGAUAAUCGACAUUGCAGGCGUGCUGACUUUAUUGGACCUGGAAGUUCGGGGCGCUGCAGGUGACAGCACUGUGAACCAGGUGUCUUCAGGAGAUCCAUCAAAGUUUGAGCGCAAGGACGUUUGGGACAUGAAAUGGGCGAAUGAUAACCCCGACCUGUUUGCCAUGAUGGAGAAAACUAGGAUGUAUGUGUUCAGGAACCUAGACCCAGAGGAGCCCAUCCAAACAUCUGGAUACAUUUGCAACUUUGAAGACCUGGAAAUCAAAUCUGUCUUGCUCGAUGAAAUCAUGAAGGAUCCAGAGAGGCCUAACAAAGACAACCUCAUCAACUUUGAAAUCCGCUCCCUGAGAGACAGCCGUGCACUGAUUGAAAAAGUUGGGAUUGAAGAUGCCUCACAGUUCAUAGAAGACAAUCCUCACCCACGACUCUGGCGUCUGCUGGCUGAGGCAGCUCUCCAGAAGCUGGAUCUGAAGACGGCAGAGCAGGCCUUUGUCCGCUGUAAAGAUUACCAGGGCAUUGAGUUUGUGAAGCGCCUGGGCAACCUGCAGAGCGAGCCCAUGAAGCAGGCUGAGGUGGCAGCCUACUUCAGCAGGUUCGAGGAAGCUGAGCGGAUGUACCUGAACAUGGAUCGCAGGGACCUCGCCAUCAGCCUCAGGAUCAAACUGGGAGACUGGUUCCGGGUUCUUCAGCUACUCAAAACUGGCUCUGGGGACUGUGAUGAUACUCUGCUGGAACAGGCGUACAAUGCAAUCGGAGACUACUUCGCUGACAGACAGAAGUGGAUUAAUGCAGUGCAGUACUACCUCCAGGGCCGUAACCAAGAGAGGCUGGCAGAAUGCUACUACAUGCUAGAGGACUACGACGGCCUCGAGAGACUGACCACUGUGCUGCCAGAGAAUCAUAAACUUUUACCAGAAAUUGGACAGAUGUUUGCUACCGUGGGCAUGUGUGAACAAGCUGUGAACGCCUACCUCAAGUGCAACCAGCCCAAAUCCGCCGUUGACUCGUGCGUCCAUCUGAACCAGUGGAACAAAGCAGUGGAACUUGCCAGGACCCACAACAUGAAAGAGAUUAAAUCUCUCCUUUCCAAAUAUGCCUCACAUCUUCUUGAGAAGAAUAAAACUCUGGAGGCUGUGGAACUGUAUCGGAAAGCCCACCAUUUUCUGGAUGCAGCCAAACUCAUGUUUAAGAUAGCAGACGAGGAGGCAAAGAAAAGGACCCGGCCGCUGCGGGUGAAGAAGCUCUAUGUGCUGGCAGCGCGUCUUGUGGAGAAUUACCACGAGCAGGUGAAAACGUCGCAGCAGAGCAAAACCAAAGGGAAGAAAUCUGAGGCAAAGUUUGCUCUCGCUGGGCUGCUCGAGGAAGACGCAACGUCCUCAGACAAUCGCAUCGUGGACAAUGCUUGGCGCGGAGCCGAGGCUUAUCACUUCUUCCUGCUUGCUCAACGGCAGCUGUAUGGAGGCUACAUGGAGACCGCCAUGCGCACAGCUAUGCACCUACGUGAAUAUGAGGACAUCAUUCCAGCAGUGGAGAUCUACUCUCUGCUGGCCAUUUGCUCCGCCGCCAACCGGGCAUUCGGCACAUGCUCACAGGCCUUCAUCAAACUGGAAUCCCUGGAGAGUCUGGAGCCUGACGAGCGGCAGCAGUACCAGGACCUGGCCCUGGAGAUCUUCAUCAAGCACACACCGAAGGACAGCCGCAUGAUGGAGCGCCAAAGAUCAUCAGAGGGGGCAGAGGGAAAGCUGCCCACAUGCAUUGUGUCCGGUCUGCCGAUCCAGGAGUUCCAGUUCUGGAUGUGCAGUGUGUGUAAACACUGCGCUCAAGAGCAGGAGAUCGGCAAAUACAGCUGCUGCCCGUUGUGCCACAAUCCUGUAGCGUGAAGCCCAAUAUCUUAAGUUUCAUCCCCAAAAAAAUGUUAGACAGAAAACCACAUUUUUUAAGCAUUGUAAAGUUUGUCCGCUCUCAUUUUUUCUUUUUUUCUUCUUUUGUGGUGAGUUGUUGAAGCAACCAAAACGGCAGAAUGUACACUGAUCAGCCACAACAUUAAAACCACCUGCCUUGAAUUGGUGGUUCAGGCAAUUCGAACCAACCCCCUUGUGUCGCCAAAACAGCCCUGACAUGUCACAGUGGCGUUGGCAGCAGAUCCUUUGGGUUCUGUGGGGUUUGUGGCUGGGGGCCUCCAUGGAUCUGUUUUCUUAUCCUAGAUGUUUGAUCAGAUUCUGAUCUGGGGGGUUUGGAGGCUGGGUCAAAACUUUUGCUUCAGUUUUUGAAUUGUGGCAUCACAUUGAUUGUCCUGCUGGGUGAGGCUGCUGGUGGCAUGGAGUGCCAUACGGGGGUGGUUUGUGUCAAAGUAACACCCAGAGGAAUUUUUGGACCUGAGGUGUCCCUUCAGAUUGUUGCAUUAUAACGAGAUAAUCCAGGUUAUCCACUUCACCCGUCAGUGGCUUUGAUGUGCUGGCUGAUCUGUGUAUGUUCAGUGAGCUUCAGCUUAUCUCUUUAAUAACCGGGGACAAUGUUUUUCCUUUGUCUUAAAUGUAAAAAUACUUGAAUUUAUAUACUGUAAAUGCGUUUUUUGCAAUUUUUUUUACAUAAGUGAAUAAGCAGUCACAUACAACGCUUUAUAUAUAAAAAUCUAUUUAGAUUGGGAAUAUUUUGCAAUCCAGUUUCACCAGCUAGUCCUUCUGAAAACUAGAAAUUGACGACCACGACAUCCACCACUUAACGUGUGUGUGUGUGUGUGUGUGUGUGUGUGUGUGUGUGUGUGUGUGUGUGUGUGUGUGUGUGUGUGUGUGUGUGUGUGUGUGUGUGUGUGUGUGUGUGUGUGUGUGUGUGUGUGUGUGUGUGUGUGUGUGUGUGUGUGUGUGUGUGUGUGUGUGUGCGCGCGCCAUUCGUGGGGAGCUUGUAAAGUUUGUGCGACCUCUCUCAGUGAUGUGUGGCCUUUACUCUCCCGAUGACACUGUGUAGAUAAUGAGAAGACGGGUCGACGGGAGACACUGCUUUGAUCGUGGAUUUAAAUUAAAUGUUUUUAGACUUUAAUCAUUGGUGUGUCGAGACACAGACAUUCGGCUGAAUGCGGCGAUGAAAAAUAAACGGUUCCAUUAACGGUUAUUACAUGGAAAAUAAUUAACACAACACUAAUGGCUGCAAAGAGGACAUUAACGAAGCAAAUGUGAAACCAUAUCACUUCUUCUGCCAUCUGCUGUCAGUAAAUAAUAUCAGUGUAAACAACAGUCACUGAAUAAAUGAGUCUCACCUCA